ACAUUUUGAUUUCCAUAGGCAUUUCCAAAGGUACGAACAUUAUAGAGAUACUCUGAUCUGUAAAAGACUGAAACCAAUAAAUUUGUACUUGCAAGUGACAGUCGAUGGCUCAAAGAGUCUAUGCGACAAAACAUAUGUAAACAAUAUUAAUGCAAGCGAAAGAAUGAGAACGUUGAGUAAACUCUUUUCAAAUCAUUUGGAAGCCGUAAAGGUAAACAUAGCUUUGUCUUCAAAUUUAAAAGUUUGAGUGUUUACUAGGUAAGUAAAUUCUUGGCAUAAAGUUGAAAGACAAAGAUUCAUUUUUAUGAAAACUGAAGUUGUAUUCUAACUUUUUCCUUUCUCAACUGCACUUUGACUGCAGAAUGGCUUGAGCGUAACAAGAUGAAAUCAUACGUAGGUAGUUUCCGAUACGGGUGAUUUACGAACAAUCGUAUUCUUUGGCAAACUUUUCUUCCAUGUACCUUAUUUUUUCCAGUAGACAUGCCAACGAGUGUUUUCGAUUCUCUUGUCUUUCGGGGAAUUUUUGGAGAAGCCAAAAUUAGCCAAAUUUGGUCAGACGAAAAUCGCACCCAACAGUAUCUGAAUUGGGAGUCAGCUUUAGCGAAAGCAGAAUCUUCAUUGGGACUCAUUCCACAGGAAGCCGCAGAAGAAAUUGGUCGUGUAUGUCAAGUGAAGAAUAUUGAUUUCCAGAGACUAGAAGAUGAAACAUUGACGAUUGGAUAUCCAGUAUUGGGCGUUGUACAUCAAGUUGCAAAGCUUUGUAAAGGAGAUGCAGGUAAAUACUGCCAUUGGGGUGCCACCACACAGGACGUUACGGAUACAGCUACGAUUCAACAAAUACUGGAGAGCCUUGAAGUUAUUCGGGGUUACUUGGACAAGGCGAUUGAGCUUACAGAAGCCUUGGCUCGAAAAUAUAAGGACACACCAAUGGUAGGAAGAAGUAACUUGCAGCAAGCAGUUCCCAUCACGUUUGGAUUUAAAAUGGCUCGUCUUCUUUGUACGUUCCACCGACAUAUCAAGCGCUUGGAUGAGUUGGUCCCACGUCUCUCUGUUGUUGAAUUUGGCGGUGCUUGCGGCACUCUUGCCUCUUUAGGGAAUAAGGGUUUAAAAGUCCAGGAAUUACUUGCUAAAGAACUUGGACUUUCUCCUCCUGAGAUUGCUUGGCAUACAGAACGAGACCGGAUUGCAGAAGCAGGAUGCUUUUUGGGUCUUGUCACAGGAACUUUAGGUAAGUUUGCCUUGGAUGUGAAAUUGAUGAUGCAGAAUGAAAUUGGGGAAGUAAAUGAGCCUUACAUUGCCAACCGAGGAUCAUCUUCCACUAUGCCCCAAAAAAGAAACCCAAUUUCCUGCGUAUAUAUUACAGCUUGCGUGUCUUGUGUGCGGCAAAAGGUUGCGGCUUUGCUGGAUGCCAUGGUAGAAGAUCAUGAACGCUCAACUGGGACAUGGGAAAUUGAAUGGAUUGUGUUGCCAGAGAUAUUUUCCCUGACAGCUGGAGCAUUAAAGCAAACCGUAUUUGUGCUUCAGGGUCUUGAGGUGAAUCCUGAGAGAAUGAAAGCCAAUUUAAGCUUAACCAAAGGUCUCAUUUCCUCUGAAGCAGUGAUGAUGGGAUUGGCAUCAUUCCUUGGGCGUGAUGAAGCACAUGAUUUGAUUUAUUCAUUGUGUAAAAAAGCCAACGAGGAAAAUCAAUCCUUGGAAGAAGUAUUGUUACAAGAAAAGAAAAUCACUGAUCACUUGACAAGGGAACAAGUGCUAAAUCUCACCAAUCCAGCAAAUUAUUUAGGACAGACUUUGGAAAUGAUUGAUCUUGUCUUGAAAUGAAUACACUUGAAUGUUUAUGAAUGGGCGAUAUUUUAUAAUUUGGAAAUGGGAUAUAUUUUUAAUAAAGAUAAUUA